AGCAAACAGUUCUCAAAUGGGAAGAAAAAAUUCAACAUGGACCCCAAAAAGCUUUAUAAAUGGAUCACCUUCAGCAAGCAGCUCUAGCUUGUUGCUGUGUGGACUUCCUCUUACUUAACCACACUGAGAACUGACACUGAUGCAGGUCCACAGCAGUUUCUGUGGUUUCAGUGCAACGUCAAGCUAGUAACUGUUGUGGACACAAAGGUUUGCAAACAACAAAUAAAGUAACAGCAUUACCACUUUUGCUUACUGGAAUCUGUCUAUUAUGACCUGCAGCUGUUUGAGGUUACCAGAACUUUAGAAAAACUUUAGAGGUUAAACGUAAGGACCUAAAGUAAGACUGAAUAAAUUCAGAUUCCUAGAUCAAUAAUGUGAACCAACUAACCAAUAUGAAAGUGUGACAUGGAAAAGAGAUGUGGUGAGAUGUUUUUCAGGAGUUUUUCAGAAAACUAUAAUCCACACUCAAAACACCUUGUAUCUGAUCCUGUUCUGCUACAUUCUUUAUAAUAAUAAUUUGGGUGUCCCAGUUUAAAUAGCGAUGCAACACUGUAUAUUAAAAUGUUUGCAUGAUCAUGAGGAAAGAAUCACAAUCUCAUUGUGCAUUAAAAAAAAACCCGUUACAUACACAAUUUCAGUAUUUAAAAAAUUUCUGUCCUUUCUUUUUUGAUGUAGAUGUGUUAUUUUUGCCUAUAUUGGCAUAGGCAGCAAUGUUGCAUUUUUUACAUAUUUUUAACCAUCCUUUUCCUCUGCCAAAUGCUAUGUUGGAGGAGAAAGAGGAAGCGAAAUUGGUUUUAAGGAAUUGGGAUUACAGAAGCUGCGAGCCUGUUCGGUAUUACCAACCGGAGAUGAGCUCAUUAUGAAACUUAACACAUUUAAAUACAGCACAUUGAGCAGUGUGUUAAAGUGCAUGUGUCAUAAAUUAAAUGUGCAUUGCAUGCAGGGUAUCAAUUACCUGGUGGAGAAUAAAUUGCUGGAUGGAAGUGCUCAGUCCAUCGCUGAGUUCCUCUACAAGGAGGAUGGACUCAACAAGACAGCCAUUGGGGAAUUUCUUGGAGAAAGGGAGGAGAUCCACCUCCAGACCCUGAAGGCCUUUGUGGAGCUCCACGAGUUCUCCGACCUCAACCUGGUUCAGGCCCUCAGACAGUUCCUGUGGAGUUUCCGUCUGCCUGGUGAAGCCCAGAAGAUUGAUCGAAUGAUGGAGGCUUUCGCCACACGCUACUGUGACUGCAACUGUCACGUCUUCCAGUCAACUGACACGUGCUACAUCCUGUCAUUUGCUAUCAUCAUGCUCAACACCAGCCUCCACAACCCAAAUGUGAAGGACAAGACCACUCUGGAGCGUUUCAUCUCCAUGAACAGAGGCAUCAACAAUGGAGAGGAUCUACCUAAUGACCUGCUUUCGAAACUCUAUGAGAGUAUUCGCAACGAGCCUUUCAAAAUCCCAGAGGAUGAUGGGAAUGAUCUGACCCACACGUUCUUCAACCCUGACAGAGAAGGCUGGCUCCUCAAACUUGGAGGACGGGUUAAGACAUGGAAGAGACGAUGGUUCAUCUUGACUGACAACUGCCUCUACUACUUUGAGUUCACCACUGAUAAAGAGCCCAGAGGCAUCAUCCCUCUAGAGAAUCUUUGUGUGAGAGAAGUACCAUAUCCUCGCAAACCGUACUGUCUGGAGCUGUAUAACCCCAACAGCCGAGGGCAGAAGAUCAAAGCGUGUAAAACUGAGACAGACGGCAGAGUGGUGGAGGGGAAACACCAGUCCUACACCAUCUGUGCUGCCAGUGCGGAGGAAAGAGACUCGUGGAUCGAGGCCAUCAGAGCGAGUAUCACCAAGGAUCCAUUCUACGACUUGGUCUCAGUCCGUAAGAGGAAGGUGAUAAAUCAAGCUCCUCAGGACUGAGCUGUCCAGCGCCCUCUAUGGACAUUUAUGGUACUGCACAACAGUGGGAUUCUGUCCCCCUAAAGUUGUUUUAAACUCAACAACCUGUAACACCACUGUGUGAUAACACUGGAGGCUAGACACUGACAGGGGUCGUUUGGUCUAAAAGAGGGACUUCUCUUUCCACUUCCUGUUUUACAGACUGAACAGAACAGUGUCAAAGGUGAAAAACAUUGACUCAUUUUUGUUGCUCUCACUGUCAGCCUGACAAGCCACAAAGAAAUUGUCGACAAAACGGUUUUGGACGAAGCUGAAUCUAUGUCAGCACAUGUUGUGCACUGAGCUGUGUGUGUAAAUUUGUGCUUUUGUUUACAGACUUUUUUUUUUUUUUUUUGUCAAGAUUUUUCUGGAAUCAGGAAGACAAAUUAAGCAUGUGAUGUCCCAGCACUUCUAUGUUUCUCAGCUUCCUAAGUUUUCAUAAGGAUCAAAAAUAGACAUUUACAAGUAAAGAAACAGUAAAUAGCUUUUUUAAAAGACAUCCAUGCGCUAUUGUCAUCUGACCACAGUUGUUAAUGCUUCAUUUUAUAAAUAUAUAUAUUGUUAAAUAAUUGCAGGAUUUUUGUUGUUGUAAAAUUUCUACUACUUUAUAGAGUGAUAUAGAACAUUUGUUCUAAUCAGACCAAGCCAAGAAUUGUUUAAUGUCCUACCUACCUUUACAGCACAGUGCAAUAAGUGCAAUAUGCAUUCCUGUUUGCUUUAUUUGCUAUGUGGAUACUGUAGUAUAAGAAAGAAGUGUUGUAGCUCAUUGUAAGUACUGUGUUUAUGUUCUCAUGAAAUAAUUAUUUAAUAAAAAGUAUUCAGGUGUGUGUUGACAUAUAA